AUGGCUUUCACUUCUGGUGACGAAAUUUUGCUUCUUGACGGUGGAUUCGGAACCACUCUCGAGGACGUCUUCCAGAAGGAUAUCUCUAGUCCACUUUGGUCAGCGUCGCUCGUCGAAAAGGAGCCAGACGUGAUUAUUAAAGCACACUCCGAAUUCCUAAACGCCGGAUCGGAUAUAAUUCUCACAGCUACUUAUCAAUGUUCAUUCAAAACAUUCGACAGAGCAGGCUACUCCAGGCCUGACGCCAUCAACUUGAUGCGUAAAACAGUCCAGCUCGCUACACAAGCUCGAGAUCUCCACCAACAAAGGAAACAAGCCAAAGUGGUAUUGUCACUUGGGCCAUUUGGCGCCGCUUUAACGACUGCCCAGGAAUUCGACGGUAUAUACCCACCUCCAUACGGUCCACGUGCUUUUUCCGCCAAUGGACCAAAUACAAACGCUUUUCACACCGCCGUUUCGGAGGAAGCAGCUAUCCUAUCCCUAAGAAACUUCCACUACGACCGUCUUAGAGUGUUUGCGAUGAAGAAAGACGACGAAGUAUGGAACCUAAUUGACGGAAUUGCAUUUGAGACUAUCCCCCUCGCGCGCGAGGUCAAAGCGAUUCGAUUAGCGAUGGCUCGACUGAACGCACGUUUGAGAGAAUGGGGACAAGAGGAAAAACCUUGGUGGAUAAGUACAGUCUGGCCGAGUGGUGUACAUCCUCAAGAAUCGGGGUCUGGUGACAGGCUAAGUGGAAAAGACGUUGCUGAGGCAUUGUUACUUCCGGACAGUACUGGAGAUUUACCAGUACCCAGCGGCGUUGGGAUCAAUUGCACACAUAUCAAAGACCUUGAUGAGGUGGUCAGCAAGCUCCGACGUGCCAUUGACGAAAUCAAGCCAAAUCGCAAACCCAGUUUGGUCUUGUAUCCUAAUGGAGGCGGUGUUUACGACAUCGUUAAACGUACGUGGACUAAACCCGAAGGAGAGGAGGUUGAUACAGAAGAGUUCCACAUUUCAUGGGCACAGAGGUUGGUGUCUAUCGCAAAGAGGGAACAGGAAACGGGAAGCUGGGGUGGGACAGUCAUUGGCGGAUGUUGCAAGACGACUCCAGCACAUAUCAAUUUGCUAGCAAAGUCUUUAGGGAGGGGUAGUGAAUAG